AUGGGCGACAAUGGAUUGACUCAAGACGACUUUCGUAAAUUGCUGCAAACGCCUCGACCAGGAGCAUCCACCAACAACGAGACACCUCAAUUCAAAGCACCUCCUCCAAAGACGCCAAGGAAUACGGGUGCAGUGUUUGCACAGCCUCAUUCAGUGCGUAAGAAACGACCCAAACCAACAGCACCACCAGCAACACCAUCGAAUUAUCGUGAUCGAGCAGCUGAACGACGUGCCAACGAGACGCAGGAUGAGGGAUCAACAGAAGAUUUGUUACAGCCACGUGAGCAGGAUGAGACAUUGGAUGCCAAAGAAGUAUAUGAACAAUCGAAAUAUCUUGGAGGAGAUGUGGAGCAUACGCAUCUUGUAAAGGGUCUCGAUUACAGUUUAUUGGAACGUGUUCGCACCGAUUUGAACAACAAAGCAGCACAAGCAGAAGCACUUUUGGAGCAACAACAAGAAGAAGAGGAGGAAGAAGAGGAGGAAGAAGAAGAGGAUGAUCCAACAGUGGAAAAGAAUCAAGAAAUCGAUGAAGCUUUGAGCAAGAUUGGAAAGCAAGAGCAAGUCAAGGUGCACACUCUUUUGGCCAAGAACAUUGCCCACUUUUUCAAGCAGAGUCAAGUUAAGCGAUCGACGGACUUGUUUAUGCCCGGGCGUAUGGCGUAUGUCUUUGAGAUGGCGGAUCCAGUGGGUCAUUACAAUGAUGCCUUUGAACAACCAACAUCCAUCACACGCAGCAAAGCAGAUACUGUACGACGACAGAGCGAUCUUCAGGCUGAGACGGAGCUCGUUAUACGCAAGAUAUCAGCAAUCAUGCGCAAGGAGAACAACAAUAAUAGCACAUCAGAGACCAAAGAGACACCAAAAUCAACCACCAAAGCAACUGAAAAGAAAAAGGAGGCACCAGUAGUUACAUUCGAUGGCGAUAUUUUUGCUGAUGUCGGUCGUGAUUAUGAGUUGGAUGAAUCCUCGUUACAGAAAGCACAAUCAUCAUCAUCACCAUCGUCAUCACCACCACCGCCAGCAGCAGAAACCACUACCAACAACAAGAGCAAUUACUUUACUGGAUUGAUGCAUGAACAAGAGGAAGAAGAAGACACUACUACAGCUGAUGUUGAUAUGAAAGAAGUAUCCAAUUUACUAUCUCAGGCAACAAAACGCGAGUCUUCCUCUGCCGCAUCUUCUUCCAGCACAGAGCGUGAUGGUGUCAAGCGACCUAAAUUCGCACACGAGCAAAUGGAUGUGGAUGCAGCUGAUAUUGACAUGUAUGGAUUGGGUUCAGAAGCACUACCGACAUCGUUUGAGGAACGUCGACGUACGGUUGCCUACGAGUCGGGUGAAGAGGAGGGUGAUGCUGCUGCCACAUCAUUGAUCGAUCAAGGCACUCACAGGAACAAAAAGGCGCAGCUCACACGAUGGGACUUUGAUGAUGAGGAACAAUGGCAAAAAUACAAGGAUUCAGUCGAGAUUCAACCCAAGAGCGUGUCUCAAUUUGGUGUGAAAUUAGGCGAUGGCAGGAAACGAAAUCGUGAACAACGCCGUGGCAUGUCCGAAAAACAAAAGCUGAAUCGUGAAUACCAAAUGGUCAAGAACAUCAUGGAUAAAAAGUAUGGCAAGAAAUAA